CUGAUAGCUCUAUACUUGCGUGUGUCAGAAAUUUUGUUAUUGUCUCUCUUUAACUGAUAUUUGAAUAAAUAAAAAGUAAAAUAGCCGCAAAUUUGUAAACAUGGCUGAUUCUCGGGAACCACCUCCUUACGAAGACUGCAUACCUGACGGUGAAAGCGAAGAUAUCUUCAAAUCAGCUGUUGAAACUCAAAAUAAAGAAAUGGAGAGAAAUGGUAUUGACGAUCUCAUGAGUGGUGGUGGGGAAGAAGUUAGCCUAGAAGAUGAUUCUUUUGUACCUCAACAGACACCGUCAAAGUUAGAAUUCUGCACCCCUGAGGAAGAAUUCACCAAACCCAGUCCAGUUUCUUCUCCUGCUGAAAUGAAGAUAUCUGAACCACCCCAGCCGCAAACUAAGAAGAGUGCAGAAGAGCAAGAAGAGAAUGAUCAAUUUCUUGAAAUAGGUAUUUCUGAUCCCCAAAAGAUUGGUGAUGGAAUGGGUGCAUACGUUGUUUACAAAGUUUCAACCAAAACCAACCUGCCCUAUUACAAGAAGAAAAAUUUCUCCGUCUCUAGGAGAUUCAGUGAUUUCCUUGGCCUUCAUGAUAAGUUGGUAGAGAAACAUUUACACUUGGGAAGAAUUGUACCGCCAGCACCAGAGAAGGAUGUCAUUGGUAUGACCAAAAUCAAGAUGUCAAAAGACGAUACAGUCUCGUCUGCAGAGUUUGUGGAAAAGAGACGCAUAGCUCUCGAGCGUUAUCUAAACCGUACAGCAGAGCACCCUGUCCUAAGGAUGGAUCCAGACUUCAGAGAAUUUCUAGAAAUGGAUGUAGACCUACCUAAAGCGAAGAGUACAUCUGCCUUGAGUGGAGCGGGCGUGCUCAGAUUGUUCAAUAGAGUUGGGGAUUCUGUCAAUAAGAUGACUUUCAAAAUGGAUGAAUCUGAUCCUGUUUUAAUUACAAACCCUCAGUAUGCUAUACAGUGGUUUGAAGAGAAGCAGCAUCAGAUAGAAAAUUUAGAUCAGCAGUUGAGAAAAUUACACGCUAGUGUUGAAUCAUUGGUGCUACAUAGAAAAGAAUUAGCUGCAAAUACUGGAGCCUUUGCAAAAAGUGCUGCGAUGUUGGGUAAUAUUGAAGAGCACACUGCCCUGUCCCGUGCUCUGUCCCAACUGUCUGAGGUGGAGGAGAGGAUUGAGAGUCUCCAUAGUCAGCAAGCUGGUCAGGACUUUUUCUUAUUGGCUGAAUUGCUGAAAGAUUAUAUUUCUCUUAUUGGUGCUGUUAAGGAUGUUUUCCAUCAGCGAGUUAAAGUUUAUCAAACCUGGCAACAUGCUCAACAAAUAUUAACUAAAAAAAGAGAACAGAAAGCUAAACUUGAACUGGCUGGAAAAAGUGACAAAGUUCCUCAGGCAAAAGAAGAAGUCAUUGAAUGGGAAGCUAAAGCUGAGAGAGGUCAGGAGGAAUUUGAGAAUAUCUCCAAAAUGAUUCGUAAGGAAGUCGAAAGAUUUGAAAAGAGUAGAGUUCAUGACUUCAAAGUGAGCAUAGUGAAAUACAUGGAAUCAUUAUUAGAAACUCAACAGCAGCUUAUUAAACAUUGGGAAAACUUUGUACCAGAAGCCAAGGCGAUUGCAUGAAUGCUGUGCAUAAUUAUAGUCAUAAGCAAAGUUAUUAUAAUAUUUAUACCUGGACUAAUAAAAAAAGAUAAAUCACUAGCUGGUACCAGUGAUGGAUAUGAAGUGACCAGUUAUACAAAAUGCUUUUGAAAUGCUUCUCAAAACUUAAAACAUUCCCACCAUUUUGUACUUUUGAGAAAUCCUUAUGUAAUUAAGUCACAUGAUAAAUUAUAGAUUUUUUUUUCUCAGGAUUUAAUUUUUUUUGAAUAAAUUCUUAUAAAAAUGUAUAUUGCUUGAACGUGUACAGUACUAGUUAUGAUUGUAAAUGUUACAGAUUUGCAAUUAAAAAUGUUAUACAUCGAUUGUCGUCUGUAAUGGUUUGUUUUUGUGCAAGAAUGAUUAAAAGUUAAUUAUUUUCUGA